GUAUUUUCACAUGAUGCUUAUUAAGAGGUAUAGUUGUAUAGAAAGGGUGGACUGUUAAAGUUAGCUCAAUUGAAAUAUGAUUUAGUAACUUGGAGUAUUUUCAUGACUUGGUCACAUUUCAUCAUGUUUAUUUACUUAAAAGAUUAUGAAAAUGAAGAUUUUUAAUAACCAGUGUAUAAGCGUGUGAAGAUAUGUCAAGUUUUAUGCCUGUCAUUUGUGUUUCAGUCAUGCUUUGACUGCAAUGCUAAAAACCCUACAUGGGCUAGUGUUACAUAUGGAGUAUUUAUCUGCAUUGACUGCUCAGCUGUGCAUAGAAGUUUGGGGGUGCAUGUAACAUUUGUUCGAUCAACACAGCUUGAUACAAAUUGGACAUGGUUACAGUUACGACAGAUGCAAUUAGGAGGCAAUGUAAAUGCAACUACGUUUUUCCGGCAACAUAACUGUACGACAACUGAUGCACAACAGAAAUAUAACUCGAGAGCAGCACAACUAUAUCGCGAAAAAAUUCAUCAGUUGGCCAUUCAAGCAAUGCGACUACAUGGUACCAAGCUUCAUCUGGAAUCUCAUUCAGAAUCCACGUCCACCACAGAAAAUGAAAAGAAAGAGGAAGAUUUUUUUGAAGAACUUAGUAAUAUACCACCACCGUCAAGAGAUGACUUUAAUGAUGAUAUAACAAGUGUAUCGACUUUCAAGGUACAAUCAAAUGGAUCUGCAGUUCUUGCUGGUCGAGGAGAGCCAAAUGUAGAUGCUGCUCUUAGUGGUCAUGUGGAACCUACACCUGACCGUAAACCUACCAUUGGUGUUCGCAAGCCUCAAAACAAACGGCCUGGAUUGGCAGGCAAAAAGGGUGGCUUGGGAGCUCAAAAAGUGAAAGCAAAUUUUGCUGAUAUUGAACGAGAAGCAGCAUUAGCUGAUCAGAUGCGUGUACAAGCAGCUGAAGAAGCAAAACUAGCUGCACAGCGCUCAGCAGAGGAGGAACAAAAGCAGAUGGCUUCAAUGAGAUUGGCCUAUCAAGAUUUGAGUUUGCAACAGCGUAAACAAGAGGAGCAACUUCGUCGUACAGAUCCUGUAAAGGCACAGCAAGUGGAACGUUUGGGAAUGGGAGUUUCAUCACGUUCAGGUGUUAGUCAUUCAGCCCUGAGUGAUAUGAAAGUUAUUGAACAAGAAAGUCCUAGUAAAAUAAGUGGAGGAGGAAAGUCCCUUUUUGAUCGGGAUAACGAUGGUCUUUUCAGUGAUGAUUAUCACUUUAUGUCACCUGGUUAUAGCAUGUACAAAAGUCCUAGUGAAAACAAAGUGGAUUCACUGUUCUUAGACACAAGUUCUGGUAGGGACAGAUAUUCCAGUAACAAAGGGUGGAGUUCUGGUGAACCAGAACGUACACAACCUCUUCCUGGAGCAAGUCUGGAAGAACGCUCACCACCUCCGUGUGAGCCAAUUCCUACCCCUGAUAAUAAUGGUCAAGCUCAGAAGAAAUUUGGUAGUGCAAAAGCUAUCUCUUCAGAUCAGUAUUUUGGAGACUCUGCAGAUAGUACUUGGGAGCGUAGAGCAAAUCUCUCUCGGUUUGAAGGUUCUUCUAGCAUCUCUUCAGCUGAUUACUUUGGAACUGGGUCAAGUGCAAAUCAUGGUGGAGGAGGUAGUGGUGCAGGAAUACACACACCUGACUUAGAGGAAGUGAAGGAGAGUGUUCGUCAAGGAGUGACUAAAGUAGCUGGAAAACUGAGUUCCAUUGCCAGUGGAGUGAUGUCGUCCAUCCAGGAUCGUUAUGGUUAUUGAAAAGAAGCACAUCCCAUUACCCACUUGGCUGUAGAAGAACGCAGACUGCAAACUUGCUUCAAUCUUGCAUCUGUGUGCCUUCUUGUUCACCAAUAUUUAAUUUGUAAGGUGUUGUUCUCUAACUCAUGUUCAUGAAGUGAUCUACUUUGUAUUCAUACAUUCCUUUCAUUCUUGGGUACUAAAUAUUUUCAAAAUCUAUUUUUUCGGAACAGCAUCUUUAGAAGUAAUUUCAUUCACAUACUUUCACAAUUUAUGCUUAAAGGAGGUUGUUGCAUGGGUGAUACUGGCUUUAGUAUCUCAGGUAUAAACAGUUUGAAAAUAAUUUUAUUGUUGCUUAUGCAUUAAGUAUUGCCUGAAGCAAUGGAGUGGUAGUUGUGAGAAUGAAUUAUUUGACAAGUGUUAUAAGUUCUUAAUAAUCAUUUUGUCCAAUUAAAAAAAUAUUUGUAAUGUCCAGCUCCUGCAUUAACCUUCAAGCUACUAGGUUCUCUGCCUGUAGUUUUCAAGAGAAUCACUGCUUGUGUGCAUUGUAUCUUGAUUUCUUUUCGACAAUAUGGUUACAGAUGCAUUUUUCUAUCUAUUAAGAGUUUGUAGACUUGCGUGUUCACUGUCAAACAGCCAAUGAAGGGAAACAUCACUAAAAUGCCAGAUAAAUGCAUGAAGUGGUUACAAAUAAGUAUAGGGAAGGGAAAGUAUAUUGUAUAAAAACAUUUUAUUGAUUUUGAUUUUAUUUUUUGUCAUUGUACAUACUUUUAGAUUUAGAAAGUUUGACUAGCAAAAUGUUGUGCCAUGACAUAUGGUACCAAACCCAUCAAUUUACACCUUGAAAUGAAAGUCAAACCCCACUUGCAACUCAAAUGUUCCCUUACUUUUUUAAGAACGAAUCAAAUUUUUGUAAUGGUGCCUGAAUGUUAAACUGAGAAUAAUUCCUUGUUAAAACUUGUUGUUUGGAGUGGGUUUGGAACAUUUUAGCUGUGCUGAAUGAAAUUGUAACUCAUAUCAUAUAUUGAUUGUGCUAGCUGCAAUUGUGGCAGAAUUUUUAUUAUAAUUCUGGUUGCAUUGCUCAUUUACCUAUUGUUUCUAUGGAAGCAUUAAACUGCAAGUUAGUUUCAGUUAACUUUACAGGAAUUUGUUUAUUAUCAUGGUCUUGGUUCUAUUCUCUGCAAUGUUUUUUAUUGGGAAAGCUAUUUAUAUAUUUUGUGUUGUAUGUAUGUAUGGAACUUUACCUAAGAGAGCUGCCAGGAGUGGGGGAUCUGCUUUGUCUUCCUCACCCAGUUCUUGCAACCAUGUCACUUGCAAUUUCAGCUGCAAUUAGAGGUAGCACAUUCUUGUAAUGUUUCUGAAGAAUAUUUUUAAAUUUGUUUAAUGUAUUGCAUUGACAUGGUGUUAAAAUACAUGAAAAACUUUCUGUUGCCAUGAAUUUUUAAAUUUAAUAUAUUGGGGAAUACCAUCACAGGAAUAUGUGAUUGUUGGGGCAUUUGGUUUUAUCACAUUCUAGGCCUUUCAAAAAAUGUGUUCGUUUUGAAAGUUAAGUGUCUCUUCCUUAAUAUGUAUUCAGGAAUAUAACAAUGACAAUAAAUUGACAGCUUGCUAAAAGUUGGGCUGUUCCAGUUACCUGCAACAUAAAUUCUUUAUGGUUAAGGCAAAAUUUAAAUGCAAUAUCAAACUAUUCCAUUAAAACUUUCUGUUGAUGUCUUGGGAGAUGCUACAUUAAAAUCUUGACAGAAUAUGCUAGAAACUUUAUAGGACAUAUUUUAAAAUAUUAAAUAAUUCUACAUAAUUUGCAUCAGGUUGCUUCAAUGAUUGAUGCAAGUGAGUACACUUUCUGAGAAUCUUCC